UUUAUCCUCAGCGAAGAUGGAUAUAUCGGUCUCAACUAUGAGCACACAGUAGCAGAGGGACCUGCUGUCAUUAGUCUUGUUGAUCACGUUUUAGGAUUUCUGGAAAAACAAAAGGAACCAUGGGGGGCAGCCCCGAACAUCCAUCCUCCGAAAAGGCUUCAAUUCAACAUUACCAGUAAGACACAGGAGGUUAUUGAACUAGGAAUUGAUGAGAUUGACUCGGCUGUGAAUGAUCUGAUGCUAAGGAUUCUGUUUUUCAAGGACUAUGGUAAAAACUUCAUCAAGAAGCACAAGUUAAGCCCUGAUGCUUUCAUCCAGAUGUCAUUUCAGCUGGCUUACUAUAGGAUAUACAAACAACCUUGUGCAACAUAUGAAGCGGGUUCCUUGAGAAAAUACCAGUUAGGACGUACUGAGACCAUCCGUUCCUGCUCCAUAGCCUCUGUGGCGUUUACAAAGGCUAUGGACGACCAAUCUGUGCCGUGCAGUAGGAAGGUGGACUUACUGAAAGAGGCAAUCAAGUCACACAGGAAGUACAUUGAUGAUACUGUUAAUGGAAGAGGUGUUGACAGGCAUUUGCUGGGGCUGAAACUUGUGGCAUUGGAGAACAACAUGGAUGUACCAGAACUGUUCAUGGACCUGGCUUUCAAAGAGAGCACACACUUCCGGAUGUCAACAAGUCAGGUUGCCUCCAGAUACAAAGCAGUCUUAUGUUUUGGACCGGUUGUUCCGGAUGGUUAUGGUCUCUGCUACAAUCCUCAAAAUGAGGAACUUAUCGUGUCCAUCAGCUCCUUUAACAACAAUCCACAGACAGACUCUGAUAAAUUUGUGGCUAGUCUCAAAACAUCUCUACAGGACAUGCAGGCACUAUUGAUAAGCCAUUCUCAUCCAAAAUAA